AUGUCGUGUCAAGAUAUUAUUACUAGUCAGCUCCAAGGAUGACUUUAUAGGUAGAAAACAAGACGUCUGGCUUCAAGAGAUGGCGAACAAAACAUUCAUGCUUAACAAAAAUACGAAUUUAUGAAUAUUAGAUUGUAAAUAUGAGGGCUUUUAAACUGUUAACGGUCGUAUUUGGGUCGUUACUGCUCUUUGAAGGUUAUCCUACAUUGGCGGUCAAUAACUGUACCUGGGGGCAGUUUCAAUGUGAUAACCGAAGAUGCAUCAAGGUUACCUUCAGAUGUGACAAGGAUAAUGACUGCGGUGAUAAUUCAGAUGAGAAGGGGUGUGGAAAUGUGUGCACAAACCAUUACUUCAGGUGUGGGAAUCGUAAAUGUAUCUCACGUAUGCAUAUGUGUGAUGGAGACAAUGACUGCGGAGAUGGUUCUGAUGAAACACAUUACCUUUGUGGAUCAGGGUCUGCACCGCUGACAUGUAUACACUGUAAUGCCGCGGGCUCAUCAAACUGUUCAAAUGAAGUACAGUGUUCUCGUAGAUACACUAGAUGUGCUCGCUUUGCUUAUGUGAGCAACGGCACAAACAUCAUCGAGUCAACUUGCGUCACCAAGUCGGACUGUACUCCUGAAGGAAUCAGAAAACAGUGUCUAAUAAGGGGGGGUGAGUGUAAAAUGCAAUGCUGUAAAAGAAACAGAUGCAAUAAAGCAGAAUCRUUUGACAACAGUAUUUGGAGCCCACACUUAACUUGCUAUCAAUGCAAUAUCCAUAACUGGCAAAGCUGCAAUACUAAGGUCACGUGCCCAGGAAACGAAGGRUAUGACAGAUGUUUUMGGAUGUCGUACACUCGUAUCGAGUCUGGGAAAGAGUAUCCUGUUAUGAGGACAGGAUGUGCSACUCAAAGUAACUGUACUGGAGCAAACAGCUUAUGCUCAGGUCAUGAUGGGUCCAAUUGCAAACUCGAAUGUUGUCAUAACUCGAGCUGCAACGUUCCGAAAAUCGAUGAAACAUCAUCUAAGUCCAACAUCAAGUGCUACAAAUGCUCCUCUAAGAGGUCUCUCCAAGACUGCAAAGACAGAAAAAUUUUACAAACUUGCAGCGAUAAUGAAGAUCGUUGCUAUGAUGCACAGGUUAUCACGGACCACAAGAACGAUGAAGGAGUUCCACGCAUGUUCUAUAAGGGGUGUACGCUGGCCAAUAAAUGCAAUAGCACGACUCUUGAUGUCUGUAAACGUCACUUCAAGUCAACUAGUUGCACUGUUAAAUGCUGCACUGGAGAUGGAUGUAAUGCAGGCUCAUCUCUUCUGGUCAGCAGAUUUGUUCUCAUGGCAUGCGUGUCGAUUUAUGUAUAUUAUUUAUGUAUUGGGCUAUCUGUGUUACAGCAAACGAAUUUUCUAGGAGACAAUGGAAUACAUGUUAAAAGAUCAGACUUGAUGCAGUUGGCAACAGCCACCAACACUUGUACUUGGGGAUUCUAUAUGUGUGCUAGUAACUCCCAGUGCAUAUCAAGUAGAAACAAAUGUGACGGUACAACCCAGUGUACUUAUGGAGAAGAUGAAAGAAACUGCCCGACAAGGUGUUAUGGAAGUAACUUCAGGUGCAGCAAUAAUAACUGCAUAUCAAGGAGUUCCUUAUGCAACGGUGUCAAUAACUGCGGUGACGGGUCCGAUGAAUCCACCGCUCUUUGCGGUGGUGCAGCAUUCCAAGUGAGGCUGGUGGGAGGAAGAUCGUCAAACGAAGGACGAGUGGAGGUUUACUAUCCCCCAACACGUACAUGGGGUACAGUCUGUGAUGACAAUUGGGAUUUAAACGAUGCCAAGGUCGUUUGUCGUCAACUUGGUUUGCCCCGCGCUACACAGGCUGUAAUUGGGGCACGUUUUGGUCAAGGAACAGGCCCUAUUCUGCUCGACGAGGUACAAUGUACAGGCUCAGAGUUAACAUUGUCAAGAUGUUCAUCUGGAGGAUGGAAAAACCAUAACUGUGGUCAUAGUGAAGAUGCUGGUGUUAUAUGUGGCGCAAGUCUGCCUUUACCAACAAGACGUCCAACAGUGAAUACAGGACUAACCACCUGCUCCUGGGGAAACUUCUAUUGCUCAUACGGUUCUCGGUGUGUGUCAAGUCAAUGGAGAUGUGAUGGCAAAAGUGACUGUUCCAACGGAGAAGACGAACGAGGCUGUCGCACAUUUUGUCCCGACCGCACGGGUAAUUUCAGGUGCAACAACUACAAAUGCAUUACAAGGAGUUUUGUUUGCGAUGGUGAUAAUGACUGUGGUGACUAUUCUGAUGAAUCGAAUUACCUAUGCGGAUCACGAAGAAAUACUGGUGCAUUACAAUGUUACAGUUGCAGUGGAUCAUCAGGUAGAUGCUCCUCUUCUAUUACCUGCUCAUAUUUGUUUGGCAGGGGUGUUUGUUACAAGAAGACCUAUGACACUGGUUAUGGAAACUCGAAAAGGCGCGUUACAGAUGCUGGAUGCCGAUCAAGUUGUACUUCGUCUUAUAGAGCGAGUGCUUGUAGAAACCAAAGAAACUGUCAGAUGACAUGCUGCAGUACUUCCUUUUGCAACAGAGCGUCAAGUGGUGGAACUAGCUCUCCCAAUCCCAGUUGCUACACUUGUGUAUCGACUUCAUCGUACCAAGGCUGCGAAAACAAAGCCACUUUAACUAGAUGUAGUUCUACCACAUCCUCUUGUUACAAAAUGGACUACAAGAUAUCCUCGUCAUAUGGCAACCUUAGUUUUUACAGUAAAGGCUGCAUACCCGGUUCAAGUUCCUGCAGUCAAAUGCGAUCCACGUAUUGCAACAGCAGAGCAAUGGAUACUUGCAAUGUUCACUGCUGUACUGGUUCCGGCUGUAAUGCAGGCUCAGUUGAGCGGUUCAGUGUUGUGGUACUUAUGACAUGCGCUAUUGCGUUUUUCAUUUCUCAAAAUGUCCGUUUUUUGACGUGAGAUACCCAUGCCAGCUGUUUUUCAUAGCCGUCUUUUAGUUAAGUGGAGCAAAGGCUCCCAUUACAUGUUAUACUGUUCAUUAUCUGUUUAAUUAGUUGCAUUCAAAAAGUUAAGACCGGAAAUUAAUGUAUCGUUUAAUAAACAAGCAUUUCAGUAGAGUAAUCUAACGCGAUGACGUCACAAAGUUGGAUUUCAAAUGACGUCACGAAGUUUGAUUUCAAACGACGUCACAAAGUUUGAUUUCAAAUGACGUCACAAAGUUUGAUUUCAAAUGACGUCAUAAUUAAUUUUUAGCAUUUUGAAAACGUUGAUAACAUACUUAUAUUCUAUCGUAAAAAUUAAGUAUAUUGUUUAAGUUUUAGAAUUAAGUGAUAUUAAGUGAUCUCCCUAGAUGAGCUCGCAUGGGAGCUCUUGGAGACAACUUUAAACUAUAUGUUUAAAUGAAUAAAGAGGUUUUAGAAUAAAAAAGUGAGAUAUCCAUCUUAA